CUUCAACUGCCAGAAAAACUUUGCACAGCACGGCUUCCGCCUCACCUCACAGCGCUGCCUGUGGUGUCGACACAAUGGAUUUGGUCACGGAUUGCUCAGUCGCUGACACCUAUACUUGCUCCCUCGAUGCGGAUUCGUCCAGCAUCUACGACAUGCAGAGGUCCAGAGGCCCAGAGGGCCCAAGGCCCCCGUCCACAGGUCCCACCUACUCCCCCCAGCUCUAGUCCUCGCUCCUCGCCUCGCCUCCUCUGGCCUGCACAGUGUCUGUGCUCCGCCCGCCCAUCACGAUCCCCGCUCCCUUCCAUUGCCUCUUUCAGUGCCAUCGUCAGCUGAGAGACACGGAAAACCAGGAAAGACCACAGUGAGCGUGAAUGUGGCCCAGCCAUCAUGCUAUUCGAGGGACAAUGAGUGGCUUCCCUGACUGCAGAGGUCAAGGAUAUAAAGACAUGAUGGUAGGUUGCUCAAUCAACUUUUUCCUCUCUCAUCCAUCAAUCAGCCCAACAAGCACAAUUCAAUCCCACGAUCUACUUCAGAGAUCUUCCUUCGCUUUCCCAUCCCAAAAGCCUUUCGUUUUCGAACAGUCCCAUCUCCCUCGUUUCUAACCAACCCACAUCCAACACCCACCCACCAUCAAAAUGAAGUUCUUCUCUGCUGCCCUCCUCAUCGCCGGCGCCGGUGCUGCCGCCGUUAAGAGAGAUGGUACCUGGAACGAUUGGUCCAGCACCUGUGUCCCCAGCACCGAAUACGUGACCACGACUGAAUACUCGACUGCCUGGUCCACUGCCUACUCGACCGUCUAUUCCACCGCUUGGUCCACGGCUUAUUCCACCGUCUACUCGACUGCCUACUCGACCGCCUACUCCACGGUCUACAAGCCAACUACCGUCACUGCCUACAGCACCGUCUACUCGACUGCUACCGUGACUGAGACCAAGCCCGUCUACAGCACCAUCACUGUCCCCACCACGACCACAGCAUACAGCACCGUCUACACGACCGAGACCGAGACUGAGACCGUCACUUACACUGCCGUGCCAGAAUCUGUCUACAUCACCGAGACCGUGACUGCUCCUUGCUCCCAAACCUGGGGUGACUGGAACCGGAAGUGAUUUUCUCGACUUCCCCCGGUCGAAGCUUGAGUGGAGAGGAGUGGGGCAGGAAGCUUCAGUGGAUAUGUAAUGGAGUGUGACGUGGAGGCAAUUGUGCACAAAAGGGAUUGAUGAAUGGGUUAUGAUUUUUACUACUAACGCAACUACUAAGACUGAUCAACGAUCAACGAUCACCGACGACGACAUGACAUCUGUCAACCAAACUCACAGCAACGGCGAAGGGGGGAAACAUGAAAAAAACAUGGGAAAGGACUGUAAUAUGGGCAUACGACCGGCCUGGCAACGCGGAGCUUUUCAGGGCUCACGGCGACCGCUAGGCUCCUUUUCCUUUCUCACCGGUGAUAAUUCAUAGUGGCGAUACUAUACAUAUAUUUCGCAUUGAUGUCCUGCAGCGGCGUCGAAGCGACAAUACUAUAUCCUGAGCCAUUG